AUGAUCGGCACUUCAGUUUUAAGUCAAGCUGGCUAAUAGCUGCUUACUCCAGCAAGAAAUUUGCAAAUGAGUCCUUAAAAGAGUGGUGAAAAUAUGAAGAACCUACUUUAAUAUGAUUUAAGAGAUAGCCAAAUAAAUAAUUCAGCAAGUAGAUUCAAAUAAAAGCAGCCUCUUUCUUAUUCUGAUUAUUACUUUAGUUAAAACCCAAAUAGCAAGGAAGAAUAUGCUAAAAUGCUAGAUGCUUAAAUUGAACAAAAAAAGUAGUAUUAAAACAUUCAAAAAGAAUAUUAGAGAAAUAAUAAAGAUUUAGGGAAAGUAAAUAACAUUAAUCCUCACUUGAUUCCUGAACCUUAAAUUGCGACCAACUAUGGAUUUUAGAAUACAAUGUAAACCUAGUAGACAAAUCAAGGUUUCAGUUAGCUAAUGAAAAGUACAGGAAAUUAUGACAAUGUAUUCUUUCCUAAAAAUGAGCUUUAAAGAACUAAUAAGGACAAGUUUUAAGUUGAUAGAUAGACACCCUAGUAAUCAAAUGCAUUGCUAAAACUAACUGGCCAAUCUACAAACACUAUAAUCCCUUUAAGAUUGUCACAGAGCCAAAUGAAUAUAUAAGAUUAAGGGUAACCCUUUUUGCAAAGCUAGAUGAGUUAAGCAAAAUUAACGAACACUUUGUAAAAUCAAUACUCAAUUACUGGAGGAACUAUUUAAAAGAAGACUGUCAAUUUUAGCAUGCCUUACAAUAGCCAAAAAUAGACUUUAGGAUAAGAAGAUAAGGAAACAUUUUUCGAUAAAUGGAGAGAAUAAAGUAAUAGCUAUUGGAGUAAACCAUAAAACUAUAGAGGAAUAUUGAAAAAAGAGAAUAUAGCUGAAAGUUAACUAUUAGAGAAAGAGAGGAAGCAAAGAGAACUUAACUAGGCCUUGUAGGAGUAAAUUUUAUACAAAAAAAAAAAAUAAGAAUUGGAGGAAAGAUAGAGAAAGUUAGAAGACUUGGUUUUUGCUGAGAAGCUGAGAGCCGAGCAAAGAAGUGAACCAAGACCUUUGAGCUCAGUUAAUGAUUUGAAAUAAAUCAAAGCAGUUGCUGCUCAGCAAGACCGUCUGUAGUAAAGAAAUCUAGUGAGUAGAAAGUUAAAUUCAAAUAGCUAAAAUAAAUAAAACUUUGAAGAUGUUAAAGAGUUGCCGAGGACACCACCAAACCAAAGCAACAGAAAUUCAUUACAAAUGGAAGGGCCAAUGGUGAGAAUUGAAAAAAUUAUAGAUUUUUCUUCUAACAGAGCUAAGGCACCUUCUCCUAGAAAUAGAAAAUCCUCACAAGGUAUGAAUUAGCAAGAUUUAGUAUUGAGUGAAGUUAGGGAAGCUGCAGAGCUUGAUAUGGACUACAUCAAGGAUUAUUACGAAUUUUAAAAGAAGGUUUUUAACAGGUAGAUGGCUAGUUUGCAAAAAGAAGUCUCGGGAUUUAAUGACUAAAGGACAUAAGUUUUUAAAGAUAUGCUUUAGCUAAGAGAAAAAUCUAAGUAAGACCACUUAUUAAGUUUAAUGUAACCUAGAGAUGUUUUAGAAGAUAGUAAAUAUAUAAUGGCAUAGAGAAAAUAAAAUUUAUAUAACUUUCACUAACUAGAGGAUAUAAAAAGCUUGAAUGAAGGCAGUAACCCAUAUCUUUAGGGAAUUAAAUAUUUACCAUCAAGCAAUUAUAACUUCUAAAAUUACUAUAGUGACAAAUAAAUAAACUAGCUUGUUAGUCACAGCUAAUUGGUUCCUCAGUCUCAACUUGCAAAACACAAAGGCAAAAAGAAAAGAGCUUAGUAAGAUAACUACGAUGAAUAAAUUAUUGGAGAGGUAAAAAGAAAAUUAGAAUUUUAUGAAAGAAUAAAUAGGAAGAAACCUCAUUCUGCUGGAUCUAAGCCGCAAAAAAAUUUAAAUGAAGAAAACUCAUCUAGCCAAAAUUAUUAAGAAAAUGGCUAAAACAAAAACUAAAAACCAAAAAACAAAAAAUAAAAAACUGUUGAAAAUGAAUUUUUAGAAGAUGAAUAAGAUGCUAACUAAUAAUCAUUAAAUGCCUCUACAUUAUAGAUAGAAAAAUAAAAAAGGCCAUAAUCAUCAAAGAAUUAUGUGGAAUUAUAGACAGUAAUAGACCUUGAAAAAUUUAGGAAAGAAGCUUUUAAUGGGAGAAAAUUAGAUUUUGAAAUUCUAUAAGAAAAUGAGAAAGAGCAUCAAAGUUAGGUAGAAUAAUAUAUAUGGGAUAUCUUGAGCUAAAACAGUGAUGAGUAUGAUGAAUUAGACCAACAAAUUGAUGAUUGUAUGAAUGAUAUUGAAAAAAUGGUCAACAAAGAAGCUAUAUAAAAUCCUCCAUAAAUUGAAGAUAAAAAGUUAAGCGAAAUAGAAAUGCAAAGAAAAAUGAAGGCCUUUUUGAAAGGUAAAGAGUUGUAAAAUGAACAUCUUUAACUACUUCUUAGAGAAUAGGCAAAAGAAAAGCUCAGACAGAUAGAGAAAGAAAAUUUAUAAUUGUAUGGUUAGUUCGACAAAAACUUUUAAAAUACUCCCAAAGAUUAUGUCAACUUAUACAUAUAAAAUGCAGAUAUAAAUAUAAAAAGUUAGAAUCAUGAAAAUACAAGCUAGUAAGGGUUACAAUAAUAAGAAAAUUUUGGUUAACAUUUUGAUAAUUAAGAGAGUGUCAAAUAAGAGAAUUAAGAUUAAUAAAAUGAAGAGAGCCAGUAAAAAUAGGCGUAUAGCAUCUAGGAAAAUAAUAAAAAUGAUGAAAAUGGGAAGAAUUAAAAUUAUUCAUCUCAAAGAGAAUUUCAUAAAAUUGAAGAAAUAAACGAAUCUGGAUUCUCGGAAUUUAAAGAAUAAUAGAGUUAAAAAGAUGAUAAAGAAAAUGAAGAGUAAAUGGAGAAUUUGAAAAAUAAUACCUUUCAAUAAUAAAAUCUAGUUAAUUCAAAUCAAACAUAAAGCUACACCCAUAACAAAGAUUAAAGAAAAGAGAUUAGAAAUGAUUUAAUCAAUUUAUAUGACAAUGUUAUUAAAAGUAAUAAAAAAGCUUAUGAUAAAGACCUUUUCUAAACAAGCUUGAAUAACAUAGAUGAAAUGCUAACUUAUUUUAGGGAACCUCCUUAAAAGAAAAAUUUAUAUUGA